AUGAAAAAUUUAUUUUUUCUUCCUUGUUUGGUAAUUUUCUGUUUAUCGACAAGAGUGGAUGCGCUGGUGCUUAUUGAUGAAUUGUUUGGGUUAGGUGUUUCGGCUAUUGGAUUGUUGAUAAACAAUCGUCAGUUCACUCUCAAUACUUUGAACUAUUAUUUUUCCCUCAUGGAAAAUAAUCCUGCCCUCGUCCCCGAUGAGGUUCAGCAGUUGAUGUUUGGGCUAUCUACUCAAAGCAAAAGACAAAUAGUGACACUUGUUAAUGAUGUUGCUGCUGGACGACUUAUUCUGCCAAAAGAUCCACAUCAGAUCGGCAGCGUUAUCGCAGGACGAGUACCAGAAGUAGCGAACAGAUUUCCACAAGCGUUAGCGACAAUCAGAAAGAAUCAAGCAUGUAUGAGUCAAGACACUAGGGAUGAAAUAAAACAGUGGUAUCUACGCGCCGCGGCCAUAUUGGCCGGACCGCGACAACGACUGGUGAGCGGAACUGCGGCAUGGAUUGCGGAUAUCAAGGAUGCAUUCGAUGAUGCUGAUGAUUCCAUAAAAGAAGAUGUCCAACAAUGUGAACCGGCGGCCUAUCGAUUACUUGAGAGUGGGAUUAUUACCAACUUCGCUCAUGGCGCUCGAAUCUUUUCGGACUCAGUACGACCGAUUGCUAACAUUGGAAACCCAGAAAACGAUAACAAAGGAAAUCCAGAGCCGGAAAACAACGGAAAUCCAGAGCCGGAAAACAAAGGAAAUCCAGAGCCGGAAAACAAAGGAAAUCCAGAGAAUCCCGAGAUCACAGAUGCUACAACUUGUGCGCAAGAAUCAACUACAUAA